AUGAAGAUGAGCCUUCUUAAUGUCUCCAACGAGCUGAUUCUGCUCCUGCCCUCCCAACCGAGGAGGAAUGGGGGCUACACUCUUGGAUGGGCCGCCAUUAAUGGGUCAGCCCCAACCAUGCGACACAUCCUGAAAGCAGGUGCUCCGCCAGCCGCGUGCGGAGGCGAGCCAUGGCAACUCUUCGCGUUGUUCGUUGUUGAGUAUACUUGA